UUCUCUCUCCUGUUUCCAUUUUCAUUUCCACCUUCAGAUCAUGUGGUCUGUGAAGAAGAAUUUAAGUAUGCCAUGUUGGCGCUUAACUGUGUAUGCCCAGCCACCUCUACGCUGAUCACUUUACUGAUUCACACCUCUCGGGGACAGACAGCUGCUAUGGACCCUUUCCGCCAGCGCCCUAGUCCCUGGCAAGCUCUGUCCAGAGAUAAUAACCCUACAUCACCUGACCAGUGGCAGAAGAACUACAGCCGUUGUUCUGCCAAUGAAAUCUACCACAUUCGACUGAGUGAGAGCAAAUUCUUUGGAGAAUACGAAGGGAAGAGUUUCACGUAUGCCUCCUUCCACGCCCAUAAAAAGUACGGUGUGUGCCUGAUUGGUGUUUGCCGGGAAGAUAAAGCCAACAUUUUCCUGAAUCCAGGUCCUUGCCAUAUAAUGUCACCUACAGAUACAUGUUUCUACAUCAACAUAUCUAAGGAGGAGAACUCAGCCUUCAGUUUUAAAGAACACGAGCACAUGCAAAGAUCAGGAGCGCCCAAAUCGGCUUAUCAUGGCCUAACCAGGCUUCCAGUACACAGCAUUAUAGCCAGCAUGGGCACAGUGGCCAUUGAUCUUCAGGGGUCAAGAAGCCCAGAGAGUGUUGAUGGCAACUUGCUAAGCCCACCAACCGACUCCAGUCAUAAGAGAAAACAUAGCAUCGAUCCCGUGCCUGACUUAAUUGAUGGUGAUACCAGCACAUCCUUCGACCUUUUGAGUGACCAGUCUGAGGAUGAGAUCAGUCAGUCAGAUGAAGAGCUGGGCUCUUAUAAUGACUGGGUAAAGGGCUAUCCC